CAACUAAAUGAGAAAAUUAACGAAUACCUAAUGCAUUUACACCCAAAAUUAAUGGCCACUCAAAUCAAACACCAAUCAAUUUCAUUCCACAUGUGAACGAAAUAACUGCAAAUUUGGGUUUUGCUCCGCUGCAACGCAGCCGCAAAGUAAAAACACCAUUCAUUCAAGCCGAUGAUGAAACACAGCGCCAUCAUCAUCAUGAACACUGAGGUGGCGGGUAGCGAUGACGUGGAGCUCGUCUACACGCUGGACGAAGCAAUUACAGUGGUAGGGUUUGGUAAAUUUCAAGCCCUGGUGCUAACGUACGCAGGAUUGGGGGCCAUGGCCGAAGCUAUGGAGGUGAUGAUUCUAUCUUUUAUAGGACCCUCUGUUAAAUCUGAAUGGGGGCUUUCAUCUGGCCAAGAGAGUUUGCUCACCACUGUGGUUUUUGCCGGCAUGCUCGUCGGAGCUUAUUCGUGGGGCCUGUUAGCCGAUAAUUACGGAAGAAGGAUGGGACUUCUAAGUGUUGCUGUAGUAACAAGCUUAUUUGCUUUACUCAGUGCCUUCUCCCCGAAUUAUAUCUCGUUAGUCCUCUUUCGUAUGGUAGCUGGCAUUGGUCUUGGCGGUGGGCCCGUGUACUCGUCUUGGUUUCUCGAGUUUGUCCCUGUUCGUAAUCGAGGAUUUUGGAUGGUUAUCUUUUCCACCUUUUGGACAAUUGGAACAAUACUCGAGGCUUCGUUGGCUUGGAUCAUUAUUCCGACACUCGGAUGGAGGUGGCUGCUUGCACUAUCAUCGAUACCGUGUUUCGCAGCGUUAAUUUUCUAUUUUCUUACAUUAGAGUCUCCGAGGUAUCUAUACCUAAACGGCAGAAUCUCAGACACGCACAUUGUUUUGAAGAAAAUGGCCGCCAUUAACGGAACAGAGCUUCCACCUGGCACGCUCGUUUCCGAUCGAAAGAACGAGGAAUAUACUCCAUCGGAAAAUACCCAUUUGCUAUCCACCAGAAAACACGAAACCGAAAUUACUAAAUCGCCCUUCUCGUCAAUAUUCACACUUUUAUCGUCCAGUUUAUUGAAAACAACCCUUCUCUCGUGGGCUGUCUAUUUUGGGAAUUCAUUUUCGUAUUACGGUAUUGUUUUAAUGACCUCGGAAUUAAGCAGCGGCCAAAGUAAAUGCUGGCCACAUGCAAACGAGGCCGCGGAUGAUUCUAGCCUCUACAGAAACGUAUUUAUCACUAGCAUUGCAGAGCUACCCGGGCUGGUUUUAUCGGCAGUUCUUGUGGACAAAGUCGGUCGGAGAAUCUCGAUGGUGAUUAUGUAUUCACUCGGUUUCGUUUUUCUCUUGCCACUUAUUUUUCACCAACACGAACUCAUUACGACGUCUCUAUUAUUCGGGUCCCGCAUGUUCAUAAUCGGGACCUACACAGUGGCUGGUAUUUAUUGUCCGGAGUUAUAUCCGACGUCUGUGAGGACAACGGGAGUUGGUGUUGCGAGUGCUGUGGGGAGAAUAGCGGGGAUGAUAUGUCCACUUGUCGCCGUUGGAUUGGUUUCGGGUUGCCAUCAAAUGGCUGCAGUGAGUUUGUUUGAGGUUGUAAUAAUUAUGUCCGGAAUUAGUGUGCUGUUCUUUCCAGUUGAAACUAAGGGGAGAAAGCUUAGUGAUAUUGUUGAUGUAAAUAAUUAGAUUUGGAUUAUAGUAUUUUGUGGACAGUAUAAUUUUCAAUUGUACUAUUAAAAAAUUUAUUUGUAC